CAAUUUGAUUAUAAUUUGGAAAAGAUUUUCAUAUUGAUGACUCGUUGCUCUUGGAAAUACAACCAUACUAGUUCUCGAUGUAUUCCUACCCACAAAGUAAUAGAGUCAUUCCUGGAACUAGACAAGAUUCUCGUUCCCAAAACACUCCAAGUUCCAUUCCUGUCGCAGCAAGAAAUGUCUCCUACGUUAGUCCUAGUGACGAAACUUAUUACUAUAACACUACUUGGGGAGCAAACGUGUCCAGUGUCGUUCCUCCUCCUUCUUCCGUCCCUCCUUCAACUGUCCACCAAUCUUCAACUUCACAAACCAGAAGAAAACAUUGUUAUGUUAUAACUUUCGCCAUACUUGAUUUCGUGAUAACAGUCUUAAUAGCUGCCAUCUUUGGGUGGGUAUAUUCCAAAUACGGAAAGAGUUCUUGGUUUGCGACCACAAAGGUAAUCUAUGGUUUUGCUGUAGCACUACUUAUCAUAGGAGUGGCCCUAAUUGAAGCUGCAGACAUACGUUUUCUUUUUGUAUCCAGUUUAAAGGAAAAAUCAGACUUGGCAACUGGAAGAUUUAUCGCCUGGAUCAUCUACUUCUUAGGAGAGACUUGCUUCUAUAUAGACUAUGUUUGGUUCGUUAGCUAUAUAGAAUCUGAACCGGAAAGCAGUGGAACUCAUAUUGUCUUAUGGUUAUUGGUAGCGUUGGGGGCUUUGGUAUUGGUAUUAACAGCAUACAGUAUUUAUCGUGCGUAUCUUACUAUGAAACAAGCCAAAAAGGACGCUACUUUACAAGAGAGAAUAUAUUCUUCUGCCAAUAUGUAACAAAAAAUUUAUUUGGAAUGAGAAUUAUUAGCGAUU